GGAUGCGCUGCGAAGUCCGCGUGUGCUUUGCAAAGUGAGCGGUGUGUGAUGUAUAUUGCUUUAAAUGGUUCGCGUGUUUAAUAAAUAACAUGGAAGGCGGGAAUAUAAGCGGUGGUCCAGUUCUUGAAGAAACUUUUUACAUCCUUUCAAAAAAAAAUACGGUCUAUAGGGUGAAACUGACAGAAAAGGGACUGAGUUUGCAAAAGGAAAGUAAUGGCAAUACAAAAACUGAAACAAUUAGAAUAAAUGAUAUUGUGGGUUGUCGCUGUAUGAGAAGUAAAAGAAGAUCAGGAAAAUCGUGUGCAUGUCAUCCUAGCUCCAACAAGCGAAAUGACUUAAGAGUUGUUGAGGAAAAUUCGAGUGAACAAGAUGAGACCGACAUAAGUGCGUACCUUUACAUAUACGCCUACGUACUCAAAAAAAUUAAAAUGAAAUCUGGACAGAAGAGAGAACGAAUGACAAUAACUCUGCGAUUCAGAUCAUUUGACAGGUACGAAGACAAUAUGAAGGAAGCUCAAAAGUGGCGAAUAGCAUUGAAGUGUUUGAUAAGGAAUAAACCAGUGCCACGAAAUAUCUUGACAAACGGAGAAGGACCUCUCACGCCGGUGGAAACUGGUGAUGAACAAGAGCAGCGAGUACUGGUAUUACUUAACCCAAAAUCUGGUCCAGGCCGAGCUAGAGAUGUCUUUCAGCAGCGAGUUGUACCUGUAUUUGCGGAGGCAGAGAUACCAUUUGAUCUGCAUGUUACUAAGCAUGCUGGGUACGCCAGAGAUUUUGUGAGGUCUAGAGAUAUUUACCAAUGGCGUGCAAUUGUAGUAGUUGGAGGAGAUGGGAUACUGUUUGAGGUAAUUAAUGGCUUGUUUGAACGACCAGACUGGCAGCAGGCAUUUAAGGAAAUUGGUAUUGGAAUUAUACCCUGUGGUUCUGGAAAUGGCUUAGCGAAGACAAUAGCUUAUAUACAUGAGGAACCAUUUGACCAAAACCCUGUACUCAUCUCUACACUGAACAUUAUAAAAGCCAAAAAAGUACCCAUGGAUCUUGUAAGAGUGGAGACAAAGUCACAGAUAAUGUUCUCAUUCCUAUCUGUUGGGUGGGGAUUGCUGUCCGAUAUUGAUAUUGAAUCGGAGAAGCUGCGAGCUAUUGGAGGCCAGAGGUUUACUGUAUGGAGUGUGGCUAGGCUAAUAGGGCUGCGGACUUAUCGUGGUCGUCUGUCAUAUGAGCCAGUUGAAGAUGGCCUGUCAGAUGAUAAGAACCGCAUACGACCCAGUGAAGCACUUCUCACACGGAGUUCAAGCCAUUACCCCACUGAAACAGUCUCUACAAUGAGAGAACACACAAAUGGUGUCCCUUCUGAAGGGCGUCUGCAGGCCAUGCAUGCCAGUCGGAGUUUUGAUUUUGGUGCGCUUCCUGAUGAUUUCCUGGAUGAACCAGACACACUCACCGAUUCUCUUAGCUUGGAGACAGCGGUGUCUCAGGGUAUGAGUGACCUAGACAGUCCAGGAUCAACAAUGAGGCCACGUCUAGACAGCUAUUACUCAGCAAAUUCACGCUACAGUGCAUACUUUUCAACUGCAGACUCAAGUUACCGAUCUGUGGAUGUGACAAUAGCAGGUGACGGUAGCCCGCAUGUUGUAUAUGGACCACCUUCACGUUUACCAGCCCUUACACAGCCAGUGCCAUCACACUGGAAGACUAUUGAGGGUGACUUUGUCUUGGUGCAUGCAUCAUACCAGACACACCUUGGCUCCGACUGCCUCUUUGCACCCAGUUCUAAACUAGAUGAUGGUAUUAUCUGGCUGUUAAUUAUUCGUGCGGGAAUAACGCGUACACAGUUGUUACAAUUCUUGCUUGGUCUUUCAUCAGGAAGUCACUUGUCCUGUCCUCGGGCAGAAAUGAUUCCGGUGACAGCAUUCCGCCUUGAGCCUGAGUCUACUCGUGGACACCUGACGGUGGAUGGUGAACUUGUGGAUUAUGGUCCUGUGCAAGCAGAGCUUAUGCCAUCACUGGCAAACAUUAUGUCACGUUGAUGAGGCUAGACAGGUUACUGCUAUUCUGCCUUAGGUCUUCCUGUACGUAUUUCCAUGGUUACAGCUUUCAGGAAGGAAUGUGUUUUCAGUCGGAGCUGUUAUUGCAGCCUGUUUCCAUUUCACUAACUGAAGCUGCGUCUGUAUGAUAAACCAUUCACCAUUUGCCCAGUAUUCUGUGUAUUGAGACUGAUUGUUUGCUCAUUUGAGUACAUAACUUCUGUACAACUUGCCUCUAAAAAGCUACACAAUUUGUGUAGAAGUAUGAAACUUGCCCUAAAAAUCUGCACAACUUGUGUUGAAGUAUGUCUUGCCUAUGUUGCAUGUGAAUUUUGUAUUUUAAAGAGAAGCACAAAAAGUUACAACCAUGUUGUAUGCAAACAAUGUAAGGUGCUAUUUUAACAAAAUAUUUACCAAAGAGGUAAGUGGAACAUUCUCUAGUUGUCUGCAUCACACAGUGGAAUGCAACAGUUCCACAGCCUUUUUUGUGGGUGCAUUGUGGCUACAAUUAUCAUGUUUUCAUGGUUGUAGAAAAUUUAUGUGCUGUUUAGUACUGGCAGUCUGAUAAGACACACUUCUGUCUCAACGCUGCUGUGAAUAGUACAACCUCAUACUUUGUAGAGUGCAGAUGUCCACUCCAAAUUAUUUUUCAUUUUUUGACCCCAGACAUAUUACUGUACAGUCCUACAUUCAGUAUUUUUAAAAUUCCAUUGUGGAUUUAGCUUUUAACUAUGUAGUAUCAAAACUCUGUCAAAACUAUCUUGGAGUCUAAUUAUGGCUUGGAAGGUAAUAUUUGUAUUGUUUAUCCAGACCGAAACAGUAAACGAUCAUAGUAGGGUUUUAGUAAUUUGUGAAAUUAAAGACUAAACAUAGUUACAUAUUACCCCCAGUUUUAGAAGAGAUUUGCCAUGUUAGAUUUAUCAAAAGUUCCUUUUCUGUUAAUGGGAUCUCUUCUUACAGGAUUUGUGAAUUUGUUUCUUACUUAACUGUGUACGAAGAGUACAAGGAACUCAAAUGCUGAACGUUUGAUACACACUGACAUGGCAAAUGAUGCGAGGGUCUUGCCAUUUCCUGUUUUCUGUGCAGUCAUUGUAUGUUUGUUAAAAUGUGAGCAAGUGCCAGGUUAUAGGUACACUUAGUACUAUAACAGUAUUUUAGCAUUCUUAAAUAAACAGUAUAUUUGUAAACCAUAGUAAAAUUUACUGCCUAUGAAUAAAAAUCAAACACAAAUUGUACGGUAGUUUUACUGCAGAAAUUCAUCUGCAUGUAAAGGUUUGCAUUGGCAAUAGUCCAUUUCAAGGAUGUUUCACUUCUAUUUUUAUGUGCUUAAAUCAAGUCAACAAUGCUGCAGAGUGAUUCUUUACAAACUUGAUUAAUCAUUUAAAUAUGGUGCUUUGCUGAUAUUGUUACCCAGUUUUCCUCGUAAAUGCACUGUAAAUAUUUU